AUGCCCGGACGUCCCUCAACACGCGCCCCGCGUGGCUCCGCUACAUCGGCCGCCCGCAAGGCGAGCGGUGCCACGACCAGAUCAACGCGCGCAUCCGCAAACACAGUCGAAAUCCCCGACGAAGGCCCCAUCACAACACUCCGUACACAGAUUGCCCAGGUCUUUGGCGAUGCACAAAAGACGACUGCCACGCAACGGAAGCUGGUGGUCAACCUGAGAAAGAUCCAGGAAGCAUGCUGCUUCGAGCCCCCCGACACGGGCAAGAAGGGCGGCAAAGGCAAAGAGGAGCACGAAGACUUUGACGAGGAGGAAUUCAAUGCAGAGGUCGUGCGCUGCUUGCUGAGGAUCAUGUGCAUCAAGAAGAGCGAGCCUGUGGGAGACCGGGUGAUUCGCUUCUUGGGCAUCUUCUUGAAGCAUGCGUCAGACAAAGAUCAACAGAUUUUUGCUGCCGAAUCCGACGAGGAUGCCACGGCCUUUCAUGAGACGCCCACUAGCAGACUGACAUCCCACAUCCUCACUACGAUCCUGGGCCUUUUGACUGCCAAAGACAAGACGGUCCGGUUCCGAGCCACGCAGACGGUAGCACACAUUGUCAACAGCCUUACUACAAUCGACGACGACAUCUUCAACCUCAUAAGAUUGGGUUUCCUGAAGCGUCUGCGAGACAAGGAACCGUCGGUGCGUGUUCAAGCCAUCCUCGGUCUAGGUCGACUGGCCGGCAACGAUGACGAAGAGCAAGAAGACGAAGACAGUGACGACGAAGCCGCGGGCGGUAUUCUGGACAAGCUUCUGGACAUUAUGAUUAACGAUCCAAGUGCCGAAGUGCGACGUGCUGUGCUGCUGAACCUGCCGCUUUGGCCAUCAACCCUGCGAUACAUUCUGGAACGAGCUCGCGAUAUGGACGCGACCACUCGAAGACUAGUCUACGGCAAGAUUCUGCCAGCAUUGGGUGACUUCCGACACAUGUCGCUGGUGGAACGAGAAAAGCUGAUUCGAUGGGGUCUUCGGGAUCGAGACGACAUCGUUCGCAAGGCUGCUGCAACUCUGUUCCGCGAGCGCUGGCUUGAGGACUGUGCUUCCUCACGGGAUACCCGGCCUGAAGAGGAGAAGAAGCCCGGUGAUGUUGCACCGCCCAGCCUAGAGGCACUAUGCGAGCUAUUGGAACGCAUCGACGUCACCAGGUCUGGAGAGGAAGACGGUAUGGCUCAUGAAGCCAUGCGCCAGUUCUGGGAUGGUCGUCCGGACUACCGCAGAGAUAUUACAUUCGAUCACGAGUUUUGGAACAAUCUCGAUGCGCAAACGGCCUUUAUUGCACGCACGCUCAACGACUACAGCCAGAGCACCGACGACGAGAGAAUUCAGAGCAUGAUCGAGGACAAGAUGCCCGAAGUUACCAUGUUUGCUUUUGUUCUACAGCGCGAGCUCAAUUCUCUUAUGGAGCUAGUUGACAAGGUCGCAAUGAUGGAGGAGGACGAUCCAGAGAUCGAGGAAGCCCAGGAGGACGUCGAGGAGCAGGACUUUGUUGUCCAGCAGUUACUCCAUAUUGCCAACACACUUGACUACACCGAUGAGAUGGGCCGAAGGCAAAUGUACAACAUUAUGCGCGAGGCCAUUUCCAAGGCUCAAUUGCCCGAAGAGUGCACCAAGCUCUCGAUUGAGGUUCUACGAAAGGUUUGCGGUAGCCGAGGCGAGUCAGACUUCUGUGCUCUGAUUGUCGAAGCCAUUGCCGACGUUCGCGACUCUCUCCUGGACGCCGACGACGCUACUGCGACUGGCGAAAAUGCCGAAGAGAGUUUCCACUCUGCACAAUCAGACGUGGACAUGGAUGCUCCUAUGAUCAAGUCCAAGAGCGCCAGGGCCGCGGAAAAUCUCACUGAAGAGGAGAAGGAGGAGCGGCAAAUCCGAGAGGUCAUGGUGUACUCCAAGUGCCUGCAUAUCGCACAAUGCACGCUUCAGAAUGUGGAGGGUGAUCUGGAGUCUGAUACAUCGCUCACAAACAUUCUGAACACACUCAUUAUUCCGGCUGUACAGGCUCACCAAGCGAUGAUCCGAGAACGAGGAGUUAUCUGCCUAGGUCUAGCUGCCCUCCUUAGCAAAGAUCUCGCGAGUAACAAUCUCGACCUCUUUUUCCACUGCUUCACAAAGGGCCACGACGCGCUCAAGGAGAUUGUCAUUCAAGUGCUCACAGACGUCAUCAUCACUCACCCACAGCUUCUCACGCCCACUGUGCCCGACCCAGACGCCGAGACUGAAGAUGCCGAGCCCAUUACAAACCCACGCAUCCGCCCUAUUACGAAGAUCCUACUCAAGGCCUUCACCUCGGACAAUAAGCGCAUUAGCUUGAUUGCGUGCACUGCUGCCUCAAAGAUGCUGCUACUGGGUAUCCUGCCACCGCAGCCUACAGCCGAAAUCCUCAAAGCCUUUACAUUGAUCUACUUUUAUCCUGAGACAGCCUCAAACCCAGCUCUGCGGCAAGCACUCAGCUACUUCCUCCCCGUCUUCUGCCACAGCAAGCUGAAGAACGCCAAGCUCAUGGGCGAGAUUGCCGUCCCCAUCAUCUCCAAGCUGCUAAUCAUGCGGGACGAGAAUGUCGAAGAAGAAGACGUCGACGAGAUGGUCGGCUGGCCCGUCAUCACAGCCCAUCUGUCGGAAUGGACCGACGGGCGUAAAGUAGUAGGCGCGACUGAACUUGGGCUCGACGGCAAAACGAGCACAACAGCCGAGGCCGAGGAACCCCAUGUACAGCUUGCGAUUGAGAUCCUCGAACGCGCAUUAACAAGCACAUGUUCGAAAGACGAGCGCAAGCCGCUCCUUUCGCUGCUCUCAAAACUUUUCAUCGCGCCAACUGGCACAAGCCACAAGAGCGACUCAGGCGCCAUAGACGAAGAGCCCCUCCACACGCUGCACGGCCUCGUGUCGGAAGCCGUCGAAGCCAAACUCGGGGCCGACGCCACGCAGCGCAAUGCCCUGGCCAAGCUGGAAGCCAGUCUCACCAAGCGCCUGGGCGAAAUGGGCAACGCGACUCAGGCGCACGACGACGAGGCCGAGCGUACGGCUACGCCCGAAACAACGGUUGUGCGCGAGCCCAUGGAAGACGAGACCGAGGCUGACGAGGCGACUGAGGUGCGUCCGCAGCGGAGGGUGCCACCGGUCAAGAAGGGGGUUAAGCGUGAGGAAAACGAUGACGAUGAUGAUGACGAAGAGGAAGAGGAAGAAGACACGAUGCUGGCGGGUAUGCAGGGCGAAGGUACACGCAUGCCGCUUGAAGAAGGCGAAUCCGAAGAGGAUGAAGAGGAUGAUGACGAAGAUGAAGAUGAGGCACAAGAGCAAUCCAUGGCGGAACACAGUACGCUGAUUGUAGGUCGGGACGAUAGGAAACGGAGCAAUAUGGUGACGGAAGAGGAUAUCAUGGAGAGUUUGUUGCAGAGUGAGAUGGAGCAUUCUGCGUAAGCUUUUUUUUUUCUUUAUUUCUGUAUUCUUCUUCUUCUUCUACUUC